ACUUCUUGAUCGAGUUAGCAGAGUCGGAGACAACGAACCAGAAUAGCUAUCGAGUCGCUGAAUCAUUGAUCCUUCGUUCCGUUCGAGUAAGACGAAUCAGUAAUCACAUUCAAGCAAUAACGAACCAUAACAAAUUGGCGGCGGUGGUUUUUCAAUAAUGGACCCUUCCAAACUUGAACUGUUACUUGAGCAGCAGCUGAAAUUGAUGCAAAUGUUGAUGGAGACCAAGGUUACGCCUCCCUUACAGCCGAGCACGUCUAGUUCAACCACGGCACCAUCGGUAGAUGGCAUCGCAAAUAGCAUAACUGAAUUCCAUUACGAUCCUGAUGCUAAUGUUACUUUUGAGAUGUGGUUCAGGCGUUAUGAAGAUCUAUUUAAAUUUGAUUUCGCCAAUCAAGCUGAUGCUUGGAAAAUGCGGCUGCUACUUCGUAAAUUGGGUGCAACUGAGCUGGACAAGUAUUGCAAUCUGAUCCUGCCUUUGAAUCCACGGGGACGAUAGAUCCCCAAAACUC